GUGCCAGGUUUAGUUCAUCGAAAGUGACCGUAGCAUAAACAGCUGGAGAGCCCAUCCGGCGCGCUGCAUCGUUGGGGAAACGUGUGUAUUUUGUUUGCUACGCGCAGAGAGGAGUGCCCCGAUAGCCCCCUCUGUUUGUGGUCUGAAGUAGUAGUUGAUCGAGGAGUGUGAUCGUGAUCCGUACGCAAAAACCUGCUCCUCUACGGCAAGCGAGAAAACAAUACGCAACCUUGCGCCCUUAGCAUCUUGCAACGCACAGCCAUGAAGCUUUGCCUGCUGAUCGCCACAGCCGUGGUCAUUGCCACGAGCUAUGCCCUUCCCGUGCCCAAGGAAGAAGUUUUUACCGUGUAUCCUGUGAACAGUGCGAUGUCCCAGGAACCCUCCAACCUGCCUGCCGAGGCAAAGCCCGAGCAACAAAGUACACCCGCGGAUGGUGCGUUGGCCAAAGAUCUCAGCAAUGAAAAGAAGGUUGAAGUAACAGAAAAGGUCGAUGAUACACCAGUAGAGAGUAAGCCGGAAGAAGUGAAAACUGUAUCGGAGAAGGUGAGCGAACUGACCUCUGUAAUGGAAGAAGCUACUAAGCCGUCUGAUCCGGUGCCAGAAGCAAAAUCUGCUCCAUUGACAGAAUCCUCCGAUGCAAAGGUUGAAGAAGCUGCUGCUACCGUUGCUCCGAAGGAAGAUGAUGCGUCCACUACUGUGGCAAGCAAUGAGGAGCUACGACUGGUAGUUUCCGAGUCAGUUGUUGCUACUGAACCGAAAGUUGCUGUACCGGAGACUGUAGCCGAGGUCCCUAAAUCGGUGGAGGAACUGCCAGCGAGAAGUGUAGGCAAUGAAACUGCCGCUAAAGCCGAAGAGCAGGAACCAGCCGGCAAAUCUGUCGAGAGUGUUAAAGUCGAGGAAACUAAAGAGGAAAAAAGUGAGCCAAAGGCAGUGGCUAUAGAAUCGGAAGUCAAAACAGUGGUGGAGGAAAUGUCGGAAAAGCUCACCGAGGAAUUGAAAGCUGAAGUAGCUGCUGAACCGUCCCUAGUUCGUUCUGUCACCGAGGAAAAAGUCAUGGCCGAUCAGGUUGCCGUAAAAAGUGACGUCGAGCCUACCACAGAAAAGCAAACAGUGGUAGAGAAAGCUCAGGAAUCGGUUGCUGCUGCCCCUGAAGUUGUGCCCGCAUCAGCUGCUGACGAGCCUGUACCCCAAACGGAAGGCGUAGAUGAGGUAAGGCCCACCAAAGUUCGUGCUGCUCCAAUCGUCGAAGGUCUGAAGGUAUCGCAACCGGUUGAGGCAGAACCGGCUACCGUCGCUAAGAUUCACGUCACUGUUAUCCAGGAAGAGGUAAUGCUUGAUGGUAAGAAUGCCCCUCAGAAGGAAGCCGUGUCAGCGGACGAGCCAGCAGUGACAGAGGUAGAAGAAAAAAGCACCGAAGCUGCGACUACAACUACUGUUGCCGCCGAGCAGGAAGUGAAGAGCGAGACAAAGGCUUUGGAAACGGUUCCCGAAACGAAGGAUGCAGUGAGCAAUGAUAAGCUAAGUGAAGUGAAGAGUGUGGAUGGGGUAGUGGAAUCCAAGGCAGAAGCUCCUAAACCCGCUGCAGUUAGCAAAGAAGCAGAAAGCAAAUCGACACCCGAAGCCGUUGUGAUCGUGAUGCCAAGCGUAAAGUCCGAAGACGCUACCACGGUCGUUGCAGUUGCUGAGAACACUGAUAAGCCCGCCGAAACCGCGGAAGACAAAGCUGUGCCGGAGGUACGCUCUGCCGGUGCUUCGGAUGAGCUUCCCGAACCAGCCACGACAGCGAAAGCCGAGGAGCAGCAGGCAAAAGCCGCAGAAGGGAGUUCUCAGCCGGGUGCAAGUGAAAGCUCGGAUACCGUUCAAGAAGACGCUCAGGAUCAAAGUGACAGUGUCAGUACAACAGUGAGCAUUGUCACGGAGCAGGAUACUACUACGGUGAGCCCCGUUACCACCACCGAGCCAGAGUCCGUACCGACGCCGGCUAAGCAGAAGGCCAAGAAGCAAGUUCCGCCGAACCUUAAAGGAUACAGCAAGCGUCUGAAGCUGCAGGAAGCGCAACGAAAGCAAAGCACCGACAGCGAGUAAGGUUGCCGUUAGCGGCUACCGUUACUAAUUGCAGAUAAUGCAGCUCAAGGAAGCGUCACACAAGCACGGGGAGUCAAUUAUGCCGACUCUGACCGGGUGAUGCCCAUGCCCAUCUAACGUCUUUAGCCUGUAAGAUCAACCCGUACGAGAUAAGGAAUAGUUUAGUAAGGUGACAUCAUCAGACCGAAUAAAGUAUUGUUCGAAAUCGUCAUACACAA